UGUAAUAUUUUGUAUGACCUUAGGAUUUGAUCAAAUGGAGUGUAUAAAUAUCAUACCAUUUUUAUUUGAAGCCUUAAAGUAUUUUUCAAAUGGGCUUUUAAAGCCUUAUUUUGAAGGCCCAUAAUCAUCAAAGUGACAAUAAAAAUCCCCUAAGAAGCCUGUGGUAUCUGACAAUUUUGCCAACAACGAUGUCCACCACACACACAACAUUUAUUAUCAUCACAGGGAGCCGUAGAAGAAAAGAAACAGAGAAUGGUGGUGUUAGCGAUACAGUCUCUUAAUUGGCACGUACAUGGCGGAUUCAUGGAGAAGAAGAAAAAACAUCUGAAUGGUAUUGUCAGAGCCACUGAAAGAGACGACUCACCUCCUUCUUCUUCUUCUUCUUCUUCUUCUUCUUCACAAAGAUUCGAAAUCGAUAGAGAUAAAGCUAGAGAAGCUCUGAAACAGCUCGACCAACAAAUCGAAUCUCAAGCCGAUGAAAAACCAAGAACCUUCGUCAAGACAUCAUCGGACGUCGUCAGAACAAGUAGUGGAGGUUCUUCAUCAAUGGAUCCAUUCAUGUUCGAAGAACCACCUGAGAUGUCCGGAUCAUUCCUCACAACUACAGCUUUUCUUCUCUUAGCUUUCACUUUGUUCUAUAAUAUUUUGUUCUUUACAGUUAUUAAACCAUCCAUGGAUGGACCAGAAUCAGUUCCAGCAGACACGAUAAUAGCUAUGUCUGAUUCUGAACUUGUCCAGUUUCCACUUUCGUCUUCUCCUAAAAAAAACUUUUAAACAGUAAACCCACAAUGUGUUUCUAUGCUUACAUAAUCAUAUCAUUUGUUAUAUCUCA